AUGUCUGCAUACAAGGACUAUGCUGAAUUCAUUAUGACCUACCAGUUGUGUCCUCGCGGUUUCAAGAUAUUCUCAGGACUUGGUUACGAGGUCACUACUAAGCCGACUACCUCUCCGAACCACUUGUUGUGGUCUCCAAGCUCAACAGCCGUCCUUGGAGUUGAAUUUGCCGGGACUCCACAGAAAGCCGUGGAACCCACAGACGGUGUCUGUCUCACCCUCUUCCUCAGCCUCUCGCCACCACCGCGAGAGCCUCUUCUGGGCUCCGCAAAUCAACGCCAUUCAUUGCCAUUCUGGCAGACCCAGACUACCUGUGCUCUGGCAACGGGCUUUCUCCUGUGUCGUAUCUGGCAUUCCACUGGGAACGUGACCGUCGAUCUAUCGGAGCGCGACAAGAGCCUCAUCCUUUCCCUGCCGGACCUUCGUGCAGGCACUCGUUGUUGCAUCUCCCUGCCCAGUUAG